CAUCGCUAGUUAAGUGGAGUUUGGACUCUCAGUGAGGACUGAACUCUGACCUAGAAGUAUGCCUGGCUUGAGAACCCUGGCGGAUGCUCAACUGCCUCUCUCCGACUAUUUUUUCUGCUGCAUUAAUGGCCACUGUUGUUAGAGCCGUUUGUAUUUUGGUUGCAGGGGCUCAGCGGGGGGAAGGAUCCAUCUGGGCAGAAGCCAGGAGUCGAGGCGGGUCAGCCACAGAGGGCAAGUGGAACCGGGGGGGAUAGCAGGGGAUCAACCCAUCCAGAACAGAGGCCUGCAAGGAUGAGUGCACUUCGACCCCCUCGGAGCAAAAGCCAGAGUGACUCACAGGAGGAAGACAAAGCAACCAAAGCCUCCAGGGUGUGCAGGGAGUCCAAAGUCGCCAGAAGGAAGAAGAAAACCUGAAACAGCCAGAGCUGGCCAAGCCUGCUAGGACCUAUGCAAAUGAGACCCACCCACGCUGCCUGGAAAUCGGGCCUGGGAAGUCAGAAAACAAAGCUCAUGUGUGCAGGGCUGCAUGGAUGGGUGGAGGAGGCUGCAGCUCUGAGGGGGCAGCAGCUCAGCUCUUCAAAUUAUUCAAAUGACCCGUAGAGAGGCAGAGAAAAGCCAGGUGUUUCUGUUUGAAGCGGAGAAGCAAGGCUGGAGUGCGCCUCCCUCCAACUCCCCCCUUGAACUCCCUAAGGUUGAAAGGAUGGCCAGCUCUAAGAUCUCAGCAGGCUGAUCGGCUGUGUGCUAAGAACAAGCAGAUGGCAGCAGGGCUUGUGCACGCUGCUUGCAGUUACUUAGGUACAUUAAAAGAUCAGCAGGUGACUGGACUGAAUCUGAUAGUCGGAGCUCUUAAGCUCUGAAGUAAGUAACUUUCACAUCAAACAAAGUGCUGAGUGGGCAGCCCCUUUGUGCAAGGAGGAGGUUUCACCCACUUUCCAAGAGAAAUGAAGGCCCCAGAGAGAGGAAGCCCAGAAGACUCACCCUUUUCACAUCUAGAAAGAGGAAACUGCCACCCUACCUUUCCAGACCAGGGAUUCCAGGUCUUGAAGGGAGGGCCUACAAUCUUGUGGGUGGUUGGCUUCCAGGUUCAAUUAGUUGCCAUGCCCUGGGGGGAACUCAGGUCCACCAUCUCCCUCCCCACCCUGCCCCCCAGGAAGCUCUUGGGCCUUGGCUCCACGCAGGUGUGCUCAAGAGGCUGCAGACUGGGCCACUUGGCAGCCCCAGGUGCUGCGUGUGUGCUGCCAUGGAGACAGGCUCCUGGCUUGGUGGCAAGAAGGCAGUCUCCCAAAGCUUUGCUUAUUCAGGGGAGGGAGUGUCUGGAGCCUCAGGCCCUCCAGAGUACUCUGCCUGCCAUCCUGGAGGCCACGGAAGCCCAGGACGACUCUCACGAGGCCUCCCCGUGUGUGUCUGAGGAUGGCUGAGCAGCAGGGCCGGGAGCUCGAGGCUGAGUGCCCUGUCUGCUGGAACCCCUUCAACAACACAUUCCAUACCCCCAAAAUGCUGGAUUGCUGCCACUCCUUCUGCGUGGAAUGCCUGGCCCACCUCAGCCUGGUGACCCCGGCCCGGCGCCGCCUGCUGUGCCCACUCUGUCGCCAGCCCACGGUGCUGGCCUCAGGGCAGCCCGUCACUGACUUGCCCACGGACACUGCCAUGCUCACCCUGCUCCGCCUGGAGCCCCACCAUGUCAUCCUGGAAGGCCGUCAGCUCUGCCUCAAGGACCAGCCCAAGAGCCGCUACUUCCUGCGCCAGCCUCGAGUCUACACGCUGGACCUUGGCCCCCAGUCUGGGGGCCAGCCAGGGCCACCCCCGGACACAGCCUCUGCCACCAUGCCUACGCCCAUCCCCAUCCCCAGCCACUACUCCCCAAGGGAGUGUUUCCGCAACCCUCAGUUCCGCAUCUUUGCCUACCUGAUGGCCGUCAUCCUCAGCGUCACUCUGUUGCUCAUCUUCUCCAUCUUUUGGACCAAGCAGUUCCUUUGGGGUGUAGGGUGAGCGCUGUUCCCAGACAAGAAACCAAGCCUUUCUCGGUUGCUGCUGGGCAUGGUGACCGCGGAGCCUCAUUUGGUAUUGUCUUCCUUUGUAGUGUUGUUUAUUUUACAAUCCAGGGAUUGGUUAGGCCAUGUGUUUGGUUCUGGGAACAAUUUUUAAAAAAAAACUAACUAAAAGCUUGAAGGACUGCGAGAAGUGGAACCACCUCAACCUCCAGGUGUGAGUGUGACAUCAUGGAAGGGCAGAGAAGCAGUUCUGACCACAGAGCUACCCAGCAAGCUGUGCCAAAGGGUGGUACAAUAGGGUCCAGGAACCUGACUGGCCCAAAUAGCAAGUUGUAUUUCCCACUGGAGCUGCUUCAAACUCAGUGCACAUUUUUUUUGAGCUGCUCUUCCUACUAUGGAUUGCUAAAAAAAAAAAAAAAAAAAUUGGGAAAUGAGCUUCAAUUCUGUGGGUAAAUGUGUUUGUUUCUUUUCAGCUUUCUUUUUGGAUGUCUUGCCACCAGUUGCAGUAAAACUGUGCUGCAUUCAUU